UACCAGCGUCUAGAAGGAUCCCGGCUGCGGCGAUUGCGCGGCCAUGGGCGCGCCGGGGUCGUCCUAGGGUCGCGGCGGAGACCGCAGUCCGAGCGGCGCGGUGGCCUCCUCCGUGAGGGAAGCCUGCGACGCUUCUCAGCGAGGCUUCUCAUCGGUUCACGCCGGAGAGCCUCCUCCGCGAACCCCAGCGACGGCCGCACCGGCAACGCGGCGGGAUGAGCGGUAGCAGCGCGGCGCCGGGCCCGGGCUCGGGGUCCUCCCCAGCCGCCUGUCGCUUCGCGCACUACUUCGUGCUGUGCGGGAUCGAUGCGGACAGCGGGCUGGAGCCCGACGAGCUGGCGGUUUUGUACCAAUGGCUAGAAGCAGAUCGUCAUGGCAAGAGCCAAGAUACUGCAAAUACAACUUCAGGUGAAAAUUUUGACCAGAGUCCUCUGAGAAGAACAUUCAAAUCCAAAGUUCUGGCCCACUAUCCUCAGAACAUAGAAUGGAACCCUUUUGAUCAAGAUGCAGUGAACAUGCUGUGCAUGCCCAAAGGGCUGUCUUUCAGAACACAAGCUGACAAUAAAGAGCCUCAGUUCCACUCAUUUAUAAUUACCCGGGAAGAUGGGUCUCGCACCUAUGGUUUUGUUCUCACUUUCUAUGAAGAAGUUACAAGUAAGCAGAUCUGUACGGCCAUGCAGACACUGUACCAGAUGCACAACGCCGAGCAGUACAGCAGCGUGUAUGCUUCAUCCUCCUGCAGUAUGGACUCACUGGCAAGUAGUAUUGAUGAGGGAGAUGCAACCUCUCUUCUGAAACUGCAGCGAUACAACUCUUAUGACAUCAACAGAGACACCUUGUAUGUUUCAAAAAGUAUCUGCUUGAUCACACCUCUGCCUUUCAUGCAGGCCUGCAAGAAAUUCCUCCUCCAACUUUACAAGGCAGUUACCUCACAGCAGCCACCACCCUUGCCGCUCGAGAGCUACAUCCACAAUAUUCUCUACGAGGUACCCCUUCCACCUCCUGGGAGGUCACUGAAAUUUUAUGGUGUUUAUGAACCCGUCAUCUGCCAGAGGCCUGGGCCCAAUGAACUCCCUCUUUCAGACUACCCUCUUCGAGAGGUCUGUGAGCUCCUAGGACUAGAGAACCUAGUGCAAGUCUUCACCUGUGUUCUUUUAGAGAUGCAGAUCCUUCUCUACUCACAAGAUUAUCAGCGCCUGAUGACAGUGGCAGAAGGCAUUACUACACUCUUGUUCCCUUUUCAAUGGCAGCAUGUUUAUGUGCCCAUCCUCCCUGCCUCUCUGCUACAUUUUCUUGAUGCCCCUGUCCCUUAUCUGAUGGGUCUUCAGUCAAAAGAAGGAACUGACCGGUCUAAAUUAGAACUUCCUCAAGAGGCUAAUUUGUGCUUCGUGGAUAUUGACAACCAUUUUAUUGAGUUGCCUGAAGAAUUUCCACAGUUCCCCAAUAAAGUGGAUUUUAUCCAAGAGCUGUCUGAAGUUCUUCUCCAGUUUGGGAUUCCUCCUGAGGGCAGCUUGCACUGUAGUGAGAGUGCCACCAAACUGAAGAAUAUGGUUCUGAAAGAUUUGGCUAAUGACAAAAAGAAUGGAAAUGUCCCCAACCACAGUGUCAGCGUGUAUGAGCUACUGAAGGGCAGUGAGACCAUAGCCCGCCUCCAGGCUCUUGCCAAGAGGACUGGAGUGAGCGUGGAAAAAAUUGACCUCCCAGUGUCUCUGAGUGAAAAAGAAAAGGAUUUAAAAUUGCAAUGUGAAGAGGCAGACCUGAGGGACUACCAGCUCAAUGUACAGCUUCGAGAGGUCUUCGCCAACCGCUUCACCCAGAUGUUUGCAGACUAUGAAGCAUUUGUGAUUCAGACUGCCCAGGACAUGGAGUCCUGGCUGACCAACCGGGAACAGAUGCAGAACUUUGACAAAGCUUCUUUCCUCUCUGACCAGCCUGAGCCUUACCUGCCAUUUCUUUCACGCUUCAUUGAAACACAGAUGUUUGCUACUUUUAUUGAUAAUAAAAUCAUGUCUCAAUGGGAAGAGAAAGACCCUCUGCUUCGGGUCUUUGAUUCUCGGAUUGAGAAGAUCAGAUUGUAUAAUGUAAGGGCACCCACCCUGCGGACAUCUAUAUAUCAGAAAUGCAGCAGUUUAAAAGAAGCAGCCCAGUCAAUUGAACAAAGACUGAUGAAAAUGGAUCACACUGCAAUCCACCCACAUCUGCUUGAUAUGAAAAUCGGCCAAGGCAAAUAUGAGCAAGGGUUCUUUCCAAAGUUACAGUCUGAUGUCUUGGCGACAGGACCGGCCAAUAACAAUCGCUGGGUGAGUCGAAGUGCCACAGCACAACGUAGGAAAGAGCGCCUUCGCCAGAACUCUGAACACAUUGGGCUGGAUAGUGACUUACGGGAGAAAUAUAUGCAAGAGGCACGGAGUUUAGGAAAAAACCUGAGGCAACCAAAACUGUCAGAUCUCUCACCUGCUGUGAUUGCGCAAACCAAUUGGAAAUUUGUCGAAGGCUUAUUAAAAGAAUGCAGAAUGAAGACAAAACGCAUGUUGGUGGAAAAGAUGGGACAUGAAGCAGUGGAACUGGGCCAUGGAGAAGCAAACAUUACUGGCCUAGAGGAGAACACCUUGAUCGCCAGCCUGUGUGACCUGCUGGAGAGGAUAUGGAGCCAUGGCCUACUGGUCAAGCAGGGGAAGUCUGCCUUGUGGUCACAUUUGAUCCAGUUUCAGGAUAGAGAAGAGAAACAAGAGCACCUCACAGACUCACCAGUUCCCCUUGGACCAGAAAGAAGAAAAUCUGACUCAGGAGUUAUGUUACCAACACUCAGAGUCUCUCUUAUUCAAGACAUGAGGCAUGUUCAGAACAUGACUGAGAUCAAGACUGAUGUUGGACGGGCUCGGGCGUGGAUAAGGUUGUCCCUAGAAAAGAAGCUUCUGUCUCAGCAUCUCAAGCAGUUGCUCUCUAACCAACCACUGACCAAGAAGCUUUAUAAGCGCUAUGCUUUUCUACGCUGUGAAGAAGAAAGAGAACAGUUUCUUUACCAUCUGCUCUCCCUCAAUGCUGUGGACUACUUCUGCUUUACCAGUGUGUUUACCACUAUCAUGAUUCCUUAUAGAUCAGUGAUCAUUCCAAUUAAAAAGCUGAGCAAUGCAAUCAUUACCUCGAACCCGUGGAUCUGUGUUUCAGGAGAGCUGGGAGACACUGGAGUAAUGCAGAUUCCAAAGAACUUGCUUGAGAUGACUUUUGAGUGCCAGAACCUGGGAAAGCUCACUACAGUUCAGAUUGGCCAUGAUAACUCCGGACUGUUAGCUAAAUGGCUAGUGGAUUGUGUCAUGGUCAGGAAUGAAAUCACAGGACAUACAUACAGAUUCCCUUGUGGGCGGUGGCUGGGGAAAGGUGUCGAUGAUGGCAGCCUGGAGAGAAUUCUUAUUGGAGAAUUGAUGACAUCAGCUUCAGAUGAAGACCUGGGAAAGCAGUGUCGGACUCCACCACAGCAGAAAUCUCCCACGACAACCAGGAGACUGAGUAUUACCUCACUAACGGGAAAGCCUGCCAAACCCAAUGCUGGGCAGAUCCAAGAAGGAAUUGGAGAAGCUGUGAACAAUAUCGUGAAGCAUUUUCACAAACCUGAAAAAGAGAGAGGAAGCCUCACAGUGCUGCUGUGCGGAGAAAAUGGCCUGGUCGCUGCACUUGAACAAGUUUUCCAUCAUGGGUUCAAAUCUGCCCGCAUCUUUCACAAGAAUGUCUUCAUCUGGGACUUCGUAGAGAAAGCAGUGGCUUAUUUUGAAACCACGGACCAGAUUUUAGACAAUGAAGAUGAUGUGCUCAUUCAGAAACCAUCAUGCAAAACCUUCUGCCGCUACGUGAAUGCUAUUAACACUGCACCCAGGAACAUUGGGAAGGACGGAAAAUUCCAGAUUCUGGUUUGCCUGGGAACAAGGGAUCACCUGCUCCCACAGUGGAUUCCAUUGCUAGCAGAAUGUCCUGCCAUCACCCGAAUGUAUGAAGAGAAUGCACUGCUUCGAGACCACAUGACUGUCAACUCCCUUAUCCGAAUUCUGCAGACCAUUCAGGAUUUCACCAUAGUCUUAGAAGGAUCACUAAUCAAAGGAGUGGAUGUGUAAAGCUGCCGGCAGAAACUCUUCACCUACCCCAGGCUCCUGAAGCUUCCUCAACUAUGGGGACCUCUCUGGACGGGUCUGACCAUAGAGAGCACUGCCGGGGCUGUGCACUAGAAGCCCCAGUUUGAACAGUCUCCACUCUGCAGACAAGGCAAAGUGCUGUAUUGUAGUUCAUUUGAACCUGAAAUUUAGUAUAAAAUAGAGUAUUUUCAUGUGUUAGAAGUGUGUAAAUAUGCUAUCUUUAAGAAAUUAUAUUACUCUAAUAAGAUACUUUUCUUAGAUUGAAUAUUCCUGUGACUUAAAAUAAGUAGCUUAAAAAUGUUGGGGGCGGGGAAAGAGGUGCUAGUCAGGAAGAAGCCAGUAAAUGUGUACAUAGUGCAACCCAGGCAGGCUUCUUUUUCCCUCCAGGUCUCACAAUGGAACCAGAAUGCUUUGUUCUGAAGCAGCCAUCCCUCCUGGAGUCCCAUCCUGUGUGUGGUGAAUGUAUACAGCUUUACAUAAUAUACAGCAGUCCUCAUUGUUCCUUUUAAGUUAUAAACCAUUUAAUACAUUUGAAUUAUGAGUCAUUUUUCUAGUUUUAGGAAAGUUUUUCAGUUGACACAAGAAAAUGAUAUAAUUAAAGUAUUUUAAAUAUCAAACCCCAGUAAGGCUUGGUGGCUCACACCUUUAAUCCCAGCACUAGGGAGACGGGCAGGUAUAUCUGAGUUGCAGGCCAGACAGAGUUACAUAGCAAGACCCUGUCUCAACACACACACACACACACACACACACACAGGGGGGGGGGGGGGACCAGAUCCCAAGAGCUUGGCUAAUUGGAAAGCAAACACAAGAUGCCUGAGAAGCAUGGGGUUUUAGCUUCUUUACUUUAGAAGGAUUAGCCUGGAGGCUUCGUUCUUGGAAUUUGUAUUACUGCUCUUUGACAAGGUUUUUGAGAUAAUGAAUUUUAGUAUCAGCCAUAUAGACAUAACUGCAAGAAACAGUGUGACAGUGGAAACAGUACUUCAAACUUGGCCAUCUAAACUCUAACUGGAGCUAAACUACCAGCCCAGUCUUUGUUAAGUUCCAGCCACUCCCUCUGUCCGCCCCAUCCCCCUCUCAAGAAAUGGAAGGAAUGUGGAAGAAGGAGGAGGUCUCAGUGUGAUUUGGAAUGCUUUUGUGAAGGUAUUUGUUGACCAUGAUAAUGCAAAUAACAGAAGCAGAGAAAAAGAAUGAAGCCUUUCUUGGUGUUUCUGGGAAAUGUAAAGCAAUUGGCCCAGAGAAGUUAAAAGCCACUGCUGCAAACUGAGAAGCGAAUUUGACACAGAGACAAUGUAGGAAGCCGUGAACCUUGCUAGUUUGAUAGCUUAUUUAUUUUUUAAGUUAAAUAAAUGUUAGCGACUCCAUUAAUCUUUAUCUCUUUGUAAGUAAGUUGCGGAACUCUAAUUAGGCACUGAUACCUUGUUAGUAGCAACAUUGCCUCAGCAGAGCUCCAGGUUUUAUUCCCUGUUGUAGCUGAAAACCUGAGCCAUGGCCUCUCAGGAUCCGUGUGCAAUCUCAGGGCCCUGGGCUCUUGCCAGCAGUGAAAAAAACUUUCCUUAUGUACUGGAGGAAGAGACUAACAGAUCAAGUGCCUCAUGCCCUUUAUCAAUCUAUUCAGCCAAGGCACAGCACCUGAUACUGUGAAGAAAAGGGUUGCCGAGGGUACAUUUACAAACCCGUGGGAAGAAAGGCUUAGAACACGUCUCUAGAUAACCUGGCUUGUUUACCUAAAAUAAGAGUGUUUAUAGUAGAGCGAGGCUAUUCUAGACACAGAUCUACUAUGGGAAACAUCCAGAGGUUAGAUACGGACCAUUCCAGGGUUUUAUUAUUGUCUUCUCCCCAUAGGGCCAUCCUGAUCCUGAGCACUCUAAAUCAGUAUUCCACAGCCUCUUGAUCUUAUAGGCGAAAACAGAACUCUCAAGAAUCAAAGGCAUUGUGUUCUCACCCUCUCCCCCUUGACAACACAAGGAUUAGAAUUUACGCUUUUUACCACACCCGAGUGCCUGAAACCAACCUUGGAGACAUUCUUACAGGCUUUUCUCCUGUUGAAUCUUCAGCCAACUGUACAGAUAGGAAGCUGUAUUUUAGUGAUACAUAAUGGUAAGGAUGGAAGCUUGCGUUAAAUUGUUUUGUUGUUGUUUGUCAAACAAGAUCUCCCUGUAUAUCCCUGGCUGGUCUUGGAACUCCAUUUGUAGACCAGGCUCACCUGGAACUCACAGAGCUCUACCUCCUAAAUGAGGGGAUUCACGUGAGUGCCCUGCCCAGCAUACUAUUCUUAAUCUUUGAGGCAUUACUUCAGUUGUUAAAAUGGGAGCAGAGUUGCGUUCCAGCUUGAGUUUAAAACUGUUACCUAAAAAGUAGUACCAAAAAAAAAAAAUUUACCUAUAAAAUUUUUUGUUCCACAUGAUGAACUUUGGAUGGACUGGUAAAAUAACUGAUUAAAAGCACCAAGCAUUGUCUCAGAAGGCCAGCCGUAUGCCUUGGUACAGAAUCUGCUCAGACUGCUGGGCCUCAUGGGAGCUGCUUGACUGACCUUAGCUAAUUCUUUUCAAUUUUCCACUGGUGAUAAAUCUCAGCCUUACAGAAUAAAUUUAAUAUGUAGAAACACCGUAAAGACCUUAGGGUGUGAUAUAAAAUAAAAAUGUUUCCACUGAAUGUGGGGUUACCCAUUAUAAAUGAUAAAGAAGUAAGACUUCUCAUGGGACCUAUAACAAAAAUCAGUAUGAAAAAUACUUUACAGUUGUAGCAGAUUGCUCAGAACAGAUGCAUAUAAUCAUACAAGUUGACUUCUUUAAGGACCAUAUAACAGGCACCCUUCUUGCUCUGCUAUUAAAAGAGAAAAAGAAAAAAAAAACUAGUACAAAGCUUUAGAGUCACCUCAUAGUGAAUGAAAAUCAAAAACUACUUCUUAUUUGUAUGUUUGUGCAAAUAAAUUUAAAGCAAAUACCUGGGACCAAAAUUAAUAUUCCACAUAGUAACUUAAAAAAUAAAUCAUUUUAAAGUUAAGUUUGCAAGGAGAGAUGGUUAAGUGAUUAAAAGCACUGGCUGUUCUUGCAGAAGACCCAGGUUCAGUUGCCAGCACCCACCUGUUACCUCACACCCACCUGUUACUACAGUGCCAGAGGAUCUGAUGGACUCUUCUAACCGCCUUGGGCACCCAGCAUAGUGAACAUAGAUAAAUGCAGGCAAAACACUCAUAAAAUAAAACAAAUCUUUUUUUAGAAGUCUUAUUAACUGUGCAGUGGCUGGGGAUGUAACUCAGUGGUAGAGUGCCUGUGUAGCAUAUACAAAACCCUGGGGUCUGUCCUCAACAGGCACAAAUAAAAUUGUGCUUUUUUCAAAAGCAUAUUCUCCAAGUAUUUUUCUUGAGCACUAAAAUCUCUAAUCUUAACCUUCAUGUCACCUUUCUGGUGGCCUUACAGUGGCUUGUGUAUUAUAUGUGAAGAGCUCUCCACGCUUUAGGAGAAAGGUACCUUAGUACCGCACAAUGACGGAGCUUCUCCAGUGAGGUGGAAUUGUGAGUCAGGCGGCCAGGAACAAGUGAAGACUACUGACCUCACCCUGUUUCCACUGGGAAUGAAAAUCUGAUAGAGGAAACCUAAAAUUUACAACGUUGAAUUUCAUCUAAAAUUCAUUUUAAAUGUUUGUAUUUACUGUACCUUUUCUAGCUCUGUGGGAUUUAUUUAACAUGACUUUUUAAAGAAUUUAUUUUAAUGGACUUCUAUAACACUGUAUGAGUAAUAAACUUUUGCUUCUACUUCCUUUUCUGACAAUAAGCAUAUGUAUAAAUGUAAUGAAAAACAGAUUAAGACUAUACAUAGCACUUUAUGUCUGACAUGUGUCAAUAUCUCUAAAAUAGGAGGGAGUAGUAGACAAGGCCAUCAGAUCCCCAGAGAAAUAUUUCACUGCAUUGGGAAGAGAGUUCUUUAUAAUGUGAAAUAUCUUCUAAGAAUAAUGGCUUUUCAAUAGAGUAUUCAUUUAGGAAAUUGUGUUUUCUCUGAAGUUUACAGAAGCUAGCCUACCCUUUUCAUGGUGUUGAAAGGGCAUUCUGAACUUAUAUAUUUCAGUAUUAACACACCUUUAUUGAUUGACAACAGAGGACUCUACUGCUUUGAUAGAGUAAAUGGUAUCUCUGUGUCUUUUGUUUGGUUGGUUUAGUUUUGCUUUUGGUUUUUUAAAAGGAAGAGUCUUUUUACAUAGCCUUGGCUAUCUGAGACUCACUCUGUAGACCAACCAGGCUGGCCUUGAACUCAUAGACCUCCACCUUCCUCUGCCUCCCAAGUGCUGGAAUCAAAGGCCUGCACCACCACACCUGGCAAGCAUCUGUGUCUUUAGAGAUCUUUGUUUCCUUCUCUCUCUCUCUCUCUCUUUUUUUUUAAGAUUUAUUUAUUAUGUAUACAUCAUUCUGGCUGCAUGUAUGCCUGCAGAGUAGAAGCUCAUUAUAGAUGGUUAUGAGCCACCAUGUGGCUGCUGGGAAUUUGGGAAUUGAACUCAGAACCUCUGAAAGGACAGCCAGUGCUCUUAACCUCUGAGCCAUCUCUCCAGCCUGAAAUCUUUGUUUCUUAUGUAACUUUUUUUUUUCAUUAUCACUUAGUAUAACUGGGAGACAGAAGAAAAAUAACUUGUGUCCCUUAUUUUUAAAAUACAUGUACAAAUUUGCUGAAUCAGAUGGACUUAAGCUUUUUAGAGAGGUUUGCUUUCACAGUGUGAUGAAAGGAGGAGUUGGAGUGGAGCUCAGGGUUAUGUGGUUAACAUACUUACACAAGGCCCUGAGCAGCACUCCAGCAAAAGAGAAAAAUGAUUAUAGCCCCCCAAAUCUGAUGUCUCUCUCUCUCAAGGAUAAGAUCAAAUCAAAUUUUAUUUCAGAAGACACAUUGAGGUAUUCAUAUUUAUAUCAGACUGAAGAAAAGUUCAUCAAAUCAACUUCCCCGUCUUUGAAAGGGUUCUGUCAUGUCCUCAGCUAUGUAGGAAGUACCAUGCUUAGUCUAGUUACCAGUGGGUUGGAUCCAAGAUGUAUCUUAAACAAAUAUUAGCAUAGAUAGUAAGGCAUUUCUGUUGUCAGUCAAAUGAGGAUAUAAAACAUUGAAAAAAAUUUAUGCUACACUUGAGCCACAUAUAAAGAUAGCCUAUGUUUCUGUUGGUGGUGGUGGUUUUAUUUUUAAUUACUAUUUCUGCAUUUAAAUUAUACUGUUUUCCUUUGUAUUAUUAACAAUGUAUGUCAGAACUGGAGUUGUCUCCCCUCCCCCAUUUGAACAUAAUAUAAAAUCUGAAGAGUAUUGUGAUGUUAAGCACUUUAACAUAUCAGACAAACUGACAUGGGUUUUCAGGUUUUGGAGUACAUUUAAAUAUGACUUUUCAUGCUUUGUUCUUUACAAAUAAAACUGUGGGGUUGAUA